AUGGUCAAACCCACUACUAUCAAGUUACUUCCAUCUUUGGUUAUAUCCUCUGGUUGGGUUAUCAAACAGCUUGAUGUGCAUAAUGCUUUCUUGAAUGGGUCUUUAUCUGAGACUGUCUAUAUGAAGCAACCACUGGGAUACAUUGAUAAACAAUUUCCCAAUCAUGUUUGUUCAGGUUUCAUUUAUGUUAUUGUUUAUGUUGAUGACAUUCUUGUAAUGGGCAAUGAUCAAGGUUUUAUCAGCUCCCUUCUAACUGCUUUAUCAUCUGCAUUCAAGAUUAGGGAUCUUGGUGAACUUGGUUUCUUCCUAGGGAUUGAAACAAUCAAGUGUAAGGAUGAAAUUUUUCUCUCUCAACAAAGAUACAUGACAGAUAUCUUAAAACGUGCUGGCAUGACAUACUGUAAACCUCUAGCCACUCAUAUGUCUGCUUAUAAACCCACUAUCUCCAAUGCUAAUUUAUAUGACGAUGCCACACGAUAUAGAAGUCUGGCAGGUGCUUUACAAUAUCUUACAGUUUCCCGCCUAGACUUGUCCUUUGCAUUAAAUCAGCUGUGUCAGCACAUGCAUGCACCUACAGUCUCGCAUUGA